AUGCACCGCCCCGGCCAUCAUGAUCAUGGCCAUGGACCUGGCGGCGGUCCAGGAGGACCAGGUGGCGGUCCAGGAGGUCCGGGAGGCGGCGGUCCAGGAGGCCCGGGCGGCGGUUGGGGAGGUCCAGGAGGCGGUGGUCCCGGAGGCCCAGGCGGCGGUGGUCCAGGAGGACCGGGCGGCGGUGGUCCAGGAGGUCCGGGAGGCGGCGGUUGGGGAGGUCCAGGAGGCGGUGGUCUAGGAGGACCUGGUGGCGGUUGGGGAGGUCCAGGAGGACCGGGCGGCGGUUGGGGAGGUCCAGGAGGCCCAGGCGGCGGUGGUCCCGGAGGACCAGGCGGCGGUGGUCCAGGAGGACCGGGCGGCGGUUGGGGAGGUCCAGGAGGCGGUGGUCCAGGAGGACCAGGAGGCGGUGGUCCAGGAGGACCAGGAGGACCAGGCGGCGGUGGCCCAGGAGGACCAGGCGGCGGCGGUCCAGGGGGACAUGGUCGCUGCUGA